AACAAUUUGAAGUCAAUUAACAAUUUUGGGUGGCAAAAAAAUUGAAUAUAAGUUUGACGAUUAUAUCAGGUAGAAAUUAAGUAUCAUUUCAAUAUCAUGUUGAUGACACAUCUUGAAAUAUUAUGUAUACACUGUAUACAUUUAUUCCUAAUUAAUUGGUUGCAGUUUUGUCCAUAUGAGGAAAAAUUUGACUGUUUUUGUGAUUGUAACCAAUUCCGAUGAAUUCACAUUGAGCAUGAAUUAAAACAUAUCAAUUUAAUGUAAUCAUGUUUUGUGUUGGGUUUAAUCAAUGUUGUUGCUAUAAUAAGCAUGUUCAUGACCUGGGGUUGUAAACGUUUGCUAUAGCUUCAAACUUUGCUGGGUAACUGCAGGUUCACUGUGUAUUUUCCUUCAUUUCUCAACUGAAUAUCUUCCUCAAUGUUUUAAAAUGCCACAUUCGUGCAAUUUUCACAUCCUCCUUAACAAGAAUUUGCAUACUGUAUCUAACGUUGCAACAUCUUUGUGGUUUUUAUGCACGUUUAAAGCAUGUCUUUUAGUUUCUCGGUUCAUUUGGUCAUCAUGUUUCUGUACCUGCUGCUUCUCACAGUCAUCGUGACUGGUCAGGCUCAGAAAGUUCCAGGUCAACUGAAAGAUGAUUCCUGCGUGUGUAAAAUAAACAGCUCUAUCUGGACGUUCCCCGCUGCACGCUUCCUAGAAGUCACAACACAGGUUCAAACCUGUGAGAACAACCUGGAUGAGUUUCACAACAAGGUCUCGACACAAAAUGUAGACCUGCCGAAGAUGAAAGCCACUCUUAAAAACCUCACAGCCCGUCUCAAGCGAUUUGAGUACCUUCAAACAAGUGGACUGUACAACGCACUUCACCUGCAACAGCUGAACCAAGAACUCCAAAAAAUCCAUCUUGCCAUCAGAGAAACGUACAUUCACAACCCCCAAAAAGCACAAAACUUGUUAGAUGAGCUGAGUCAAGCAAAGAGCGAUGUCGAAAAGAUGUACAAAGACGACACCUUCAACCUAGAGACGAUGAAGAAGAGGUUACGCAAUCUGAACAAUCGUGUGCAGACCAGUCGAACCAUAGCAAAUGAUUUUAGAAGCUCUUGUCAUCAGCGUAUCAUGACCAACAUAAGCUCUCCAAUUGUCACCAAGCUUAAUUCCGUCAGUAAGUCAUAUAUCUCUGGUGCUUGGGGGCAAGAUGCCAGUUUGACCAGCAAGCAGCUCUACUGGGAGCAUUGUCUAGUCAGUGGACACAAGCAUGGCAACACAAUCCGAAUUUACAAUUCCUAUGAAGAUUUCAUGGGCAACAAAAACUACAAAGACGAACCGAUUGCAGCAUCUUACAGCGACAAGAACGCCGUCCAGGGCUCUGGCACUAUACUGUACGACAACACUGUGUUUUACCAAUGCUACAGCAAAGCUGAGAUUUGCAGCUUCAAUAUUACAACAAAGACGACCAAGCGUAUAAAUCUCGAUGGUGCUGGCAUCGAUAAUAAGUUUCCGUUCUGCUACUACAGCUGUCGUGAUUGGACAGACAUCGAUCUGGAAGCAGAUCAAGACGCUGUGUGGGUGAUAUACGCCACAGACGAGAACCACGGCAACAUUGUGUUGAGUCGCUUGGACCCGGUGGAGCUCAACAUCACACAUACCUGGAAGACACAUCUGUUUAAGAGGUCUGUCACGAGCACUUUUAUGGUGUGCGGGGUCUUGUAUGCCACACGCUAUGUUAAUACUUACCAAGAGGAGGUAUUUUAUGCCUUCGACACACUCACUGGUCAGGAGAUCAACACUCUUUCUGUGCCUUUUGAGAAAGUCGCAGCGGGAAUAGCCAACCUGAACUACAACCCUGCCGACCAGAAACUAUACCUGUAUAAUGAUGCCUAUCUGUUAGCAUAUGACACCUUUUUCUGAGAGCUUUUUAUACGCAGAUGCUCAAUAAAAACUGCUUGGGUGUGAUAAAGUGUGUUGUUUUAAAUGUAAACCGGGUUUAUUUCUGGAAAGCUUUAUUAUUGUCAGACUUGGA